AUGGGUGGCGGCGGGGGCGGCGGCGGGGGACACCCCGGUCAGCAGCACACGGCCCAGAACUACCCGCUGCUGUCCAGUCACCUGCAGGCUCCCACCAAGCACUACCACGGCGGCGGCGGCAGAGGCUAUCAGAUGAUGUCCCCCCAGCACCUGCAUCAGGGUCACCACUCGGUGCCGUCGUCGCCGUUCGAAACGCACCGCGCCGUCACGUCGUCGCCGUACGACGUCGGCCACCACUCGGUGCCCUCGUCGCCGUUCGAGACCGUCCACCAGGUGGCGCAGGCGUCGUUCGACGAGCAGCUGUCGGCGCGCUGCGGCGGCGGCGAGCAAGCGAACGUGUUCCAGUAUCCGGAGGUGCCCGCCUACAACCGGCAGCGCUUCCAGACGCAGGACCUCUCCGGCAUGGCGUCGCCGCUGACGUCGCCGACCGUCGGCCACCAGAUGGCGUCACCGAUGACGUCGCCGGGCUACUCGCCGCAGCCGCAGCCGCCAAAGCAUCAGCACUUCACGUUCAACAUUCCCGUGAAGGAGGAGGUGAUGUCGCCCGGCUACCACCAGCAGCAGCAGCAGCAGCAGCAGCACGCGCCGUCGCCGGGCUACCACGGACAGAUGACACCCAGCAGUGCGCACAGUCUCGGCUCGCAGUCACGAUUCGUCUUCCCCCAGGAGGUGAUGGCGCACGCGCACGCCGGAGCCGCCAUGAUGGACGCCGCCGCCGCCGCGCAGGACUACCAGGCAGGGGUCGCCACCGUGCCGCCUGACGCGACGAUGAUGGUUGCCAAAUCGAACACCGCCGCCACGGGCAUGGCGUACGCGGGCGGUGGCGGCGACGCGCAGGUGGCGCUGUUCGGCGAGGGCAGAGCGGGUGGCGGCGGCGGGGCGAUGCAGGAUCGCGCGCUGCGGUUCCGCCACACGUCCGGCGACACGAUGCUCAGCCAGAUCAACUACGAGGGCGACGUGCUCACCGAGGGCGGCUUCGACGCCGUCGUCGUCGGCGGCGCGCUCGACGCGUCAGCGCUGCUCGGCGGCGCCGGCGUAGCGCCCCCUACCGACGCGACCUUCGGCGACCUCUUCAGCGAGGACGGCAACGGGAACCUCAUCGAGGGCGGGCAGGAGCUGUCGCUGUCGCCGAACGAGUUCAGCAGUGCGGGCUCAUCGCUGUUCAACGCCGCCGAGGCAGCGGACAGCCUGGAGACGGGCACCGACACAGAGGAAAGCAUGACGGGUCCGCCGGAGCAGAGUGAGAACAGCAACCCUGACAGCGUGAUCCGCACGCCUCCGCCCGUAGAUCAGCAGCCGGUGAAGCCACGAGGCAAGGGACGACCGCCAAAGAAUGCUGAUAGCAGACCGCAGAUCCAGCAGUGCCAGGUGUGUGGCAAGCAGUUCAGCAACUCGAGUGCCCUGGCCAAGCACAAGCUGACGCACAGCAAUGAGCGCAAGUAUCUCUGCAACAUCUGCCCGAAGGCCUUCAAGAGGCAGGACCACCUCAACGGGCAUCUGCUGACGCAUCGCUCGCAGAAGCCGUUCCAGUGCCACUUUGAGGGCUGCAACAAGAGCUACUGUGACAACAGGUCGCUGCGGCGACAUCUGGAGAACCACCACCACCAGACGCUCAACGAGACGGGGAUUCCGAUCCAGCCAUCACAGGUGAUGAUGUCCAGCAACCCCUCUGUGGAGCCGAUCUCACCUACCUCACCUCCCUACAGCGGCCAGGGCGGCAAAGUCAGCAACCAUUCCUCGUACGUAGAGUCGAAGAUCCAGUACGCACCGGCGCCCGGAGGCCAGCAGAACUACUUCUUCAACGCCGGCGCCCCCUUCGCGGGCCCGGCCGAGCAGACGACGCGACUGUGGGGUUCGGGUCAAAUUCCGAUAAAGCCAGUUGAGUGCAUAAUCUGCCGUCGAAAGUUCAAGAACGUUCCAGCGCUAAACGGACACAUGCGUUUACACGGUGGAUAUUUCAAGAAGGACCUGAAGCCAAAGGACCCACAGGAGCCUGGCGACACAUCAAAGCCAGUGCCCCCUAGUGGUGCGCCAUCGUCGUCGACAAUAUCCAAUCAGGCGGCGACGGGCGGUCACGUGUCGUCGUCGCCGCAGCGCGGGCAGCCGUCGCCGCAUCGCACGAGUCAGGCGUCACCAUACCAGCGUGGGCACGCGUCGUCGUCGCCGCGGCUGCACCGUCGCCACGACGACGACGACGCCGCAGCCUCCAUCCCCGCGUUCUUGCGCAACGGCCUCGCCGUGCCUGACCUGUACUCGGCACGUCUCGGCGAAAAGUUUUCGCCUCGAGACGCCUCCACGUUCGGCGCCCCGCUGUCGCUCGUGCACCAGCACCCCGUGAAGGUGGAGAUGUCGACCGGAGGAGGAGGAGGCAGCCGCGACGACGACGAUGACGACGACGGAGCAGCGGGAGGGGGAGGGUUCGCGUCACCGCCGCGUCCAGAGUACAUCACGUGGCCUCACCGCAGCGAGGCGUCGAGCCCGCCGCGGUUGUCGUCUCGCGAGACGCGGGCCGCCGACGAGGCGCGGACGUUUGAGGCGCGGCCGCGCGGCGGUUACCACGGCGACGCGCCGGCGUGCGAGGCGUUCGCGCAGCAGCCGGCGAUGGAGAAGCUGCGCAUGGUUCUCGCCGGCCACGAGAAGUCCUACACGUCGCCGUACACGUCGUCGGCGGUGAAGCCAGACGCGGACGCGGCGUUCCCCGCUGGCGGCACCCUCUUGGGGCAGGUCCCCGCGACGGUGUCCGCGCCGCCGCCGUUGAUGGCCGCGCCGCCACAUCAGGCGUUCUUCCCCGCGGCGGUGGUGGCAGCGUCGCUGGCGCCGCAGGAGUACGCGCUCGCGCGGUCCCCGCUCGACGCUGCGUACGCGAGCCGCCUCAGCCCCUACGCACGAUCCGCCGCCGCUGCCGCCGUCAGCCCUGGGUGGGGAGGUCGACCCGACGACGUGCCGCGCCUCGAGGCAUCGCCGUACGCGGCCGGAGCGUUCGCCGCCCCCACCGUCGUCGCCGGCGGCGGCGGCUUCCACGCCGAGUCGUCGGUGAUCGUUCAGCAGGGGGCGCCGCUGCCGUCGUCGCACGUCGAGCAGCUGUUCCCGCAGGACUUCUCUGUGCGCAAGCUGGCGGCGGCCGGCGCGCCGCGCCGCGAGGUGCGGGAGAUAACGCCGGUGGCGGAGGCGGCUGGGGGCGGCGACGAUGCGGCGGGCACGCUGCGCGACCGCCUCGCGUCGCAGUUCAACUUUGCGCCGAUCAAGGACUACACGCUGCACAGCCGGCUAGCCGAGCUCGCCGACGCCGCCGCCAGCCGGCAGGAGCAGAGCCUGCGUGAGAUGACGACCCGCGCCGACCCCGAUGCGCCCGCCUCGCAAGAGGGCGCCGCAGUCACACGGCGUGCCGACGACGACGACGCGUACGGAUUUCCGGCGAAGCGCGCGCGUAACGGAGAUGCGCCUCCGCCAGAAGAGGGCGCCGGCGUGCUGCGCGCGGCGACGACAACGCCGGAGUUCCAGCGUCCGGGGCGGCUGCGGCACGCGAGCUCGGUGGAGGAGCGCGCGGCGGCGCGGCGGCGCAACCUCAGCGGACUCGAGCAGUUCCGCAUGCGGCACAUGAGCGGACCCGAGCGCGUGUUCGUCGAGCCGUCGCCGCACUGCGGCGGCCUCGUCAUGCGCGCGCCGCGCAAGAAGAAGCACCGGCCCGAGCCGAUCCACAUCCCCGCGCACGUCAACCACUUUGGCUUCCACAGCCGGCUGCGCUCGCCGCGGCUGUGGCCCGAGGAGGGGCGCGGCGCGGCGUCGCCGCCGCCGUACACGCCACCCCCGAUGCUCAGCCCCGUGCGCAGCGGCUCGGGACUCUUCUGGCACAUCAACGGCGCGGCGACGCCGAAGACUCGAUCAGCGCCCGUCACGCCGCGCAUGUGCCUUGGCCGACGCAGUAGCGGGCCCGGAGUCCCGCCGCAUCUCAUCAAACCCGACGGCGUUCCGCUAGACGACCGGCUGCACGCGCCAUGCGAGGAGGAAGAGGAGAAGGAUGUGAUUGACAGGUCAAUUACCAUUCCUGAGGUGGAGGAGGAAGAGGAGGAGGAAGAAGAGGAAGAGGAGGAAGAGGAGGAGGCCAUUCCUGUGGAUCCUGCUGAACUUGAAUUUGAGCCGCCUCCUGAAACAGACAUCCAGCCACAUGUUAAUAUCGGACCUCAGUUUCAAGCAGAGGUGCCCGAAUUGAUAGGAACCAUGGAGGAUGCUUUGAGGGCAGACGAUCGCGAGUGGUUGUUGUUUGAUCCGACCUGCUGCACCUGUACAGACGAAGAGCUCGAGACGUAUCUGGAGUUUGCCUGCUCAGCGGGAGUCACCGGAUGCGGCCGAAACAAGGAGUUUGCCCUGCACCUGCUGCACUACACACGAGGAGACCUGGCGGAGGCCAUGAGUUUACUGAUGAGUGGAAACUUGUUGUUACCCAAAAGCCAUCCGCUGCUAACCUACAUCUAUCCAGAGACGGAGCAGUGGAGUUCUGAGGAGAUAGAGAGCUACUACCACGCCAUGUGUAAAUGUGACAAGGACUUUUUCCGUAUCGCCGAAGAGGUCGGCACGAAGACGGUGAAGGAGUGCAUCGCGUUCUACUACCUGUGGAAGAAGGUGUGCCCGGACGAGUACAAGCGGCUGCGCCUGAUCCGACGCAAGAAGGAGCAGGAGGACCUGUUCUACAACCUGCGCUCGCGUGCGCCGCCACCUGUUGACGACCUGCUGAAGCUCGAGGACAAUCUGUCCGAGUGCGAGGAGAUCGACUAUCGCGACGAGAUGAUCUGCAAGACCGCCAUGCUCGACCAUCUGUUGCUAGAGCAGGAGCCACUUAGGCCUAGCAGCACAGCCUCCAGCACCUCCGGUCCUCCAGUCAUGAUCUACGUCUGUGAAUACCCAGACUGCAAUGCUUGGUUCAAGUCUAGGCAGUCGCUAAAUGGACACAUCCGCAUCCAUGGUGGCCAACUGCCAAAGAGCAACUCUGGGCAGGAGAAGCUCAGCAGCAGUACGCCGCAUGCGGAGGCGAUACCGUACAACCCGUGCGAUGAUGCUCAAGAGAACUUUCCGUGCAGAAUAUGUGGAAAAGUCUUUCACAAAAUCAAGAGUCGCAAUGCUCACAUGAAAAGCCACAAGCAGGAGGAGGGCUUCAAGGCGAUGAACAACUCGUGAGAGCGCACUUGGGGCGAGCUCUCUCAUCAUAAAGGGGCUCUGCACGCGCGCGCACCGCCUCGCGCGACCCGAGCAGUGACCUCACGACGGAUGCUCAAGCGCCGCCGUGCGACAGCGACGGAUACACGGACGUGAAGAUAGCAGUCGCUGGAACCGUACGGUGGUUCUCACCCGGUGACAGUGUAGAGAGGCCGAGACAAGACGAGAUUUGCAAUAUGGCGCCGCACCGAGCGCGUAGUAGGUGAACGCGUGAACAAUAGUGGGGGUGAGCAAUGGCGUCGCCAGCACAGCGGUGAACCUUAUCGAGUUCUGGCUAACGAUCCAUUGACGGCUCUGUCAAGUAUGCGUGGAUUAAUUUGGCACCACACAUAAAUAUGCGAGGCUGCCCGUAGGUGGCAGCAGCGUCCGGUGGUGUGGCUGGUCAUGACAGUUGGCGGGUAGAGCAAAAACGGGAAUAGGUUUGGUUUGAAUUUGGUGCUGGUUGCCAAAAUUACAGUGUAUUCCAUUGACGAAAACGAUGAUUUAGGGAGAAAUGUACCUGGGGCAUGUCCGGGCUGGUAUAAUUUGCACUGUAAUUUUAAAAUAGAGUUUAUACCCUGCUGUGCAGAAUGGAGUUUUCUAUUAAGUGACCACUCAUUCCACAAAUGUGUUGUUAUGAGGAUUUGUUGUCUGUACUCGUUUUACGUUUUGAAAAGUUUACGAUCUAGUGAAAAGAGAUAUGUAAUGUUGGUACAAUAUAUACUGUAUAAACAUGAGAAUAAACGUGACGCUUUCUGCGUGCUAUUAAUGCAGACAAUACAACUACAAGUAGUUGCUUGUGUAAUAGAGACGGUUGAAUGGCUAGCUGCAACAGCUUUCUCUGUAUAGUAUUUCAUCCGAUUUUAAAUAUUACAAUACACCUACCUAAAAUGAUAUAGAAUCAUCGAGGUAAAGAUGUAGCAGCCGGCAUGAAGUGUAAACAACUUUAUAGAUAUAUUUUAGGAGAAAAAUAUUGAAUUUAUAUUUUAAGCGAGAUGGCGUACAGAAUAUUAUAUCCAGUGGUGUUACUUGUAGUGUUAGUGCAAUAAUGUGAUUAAUGUCAAAUAAUAUUGUUAUGUACUGUAUAUGUUUACAGAAAUUGAUGAGAUGUUAGUUGGUUCGGUUGUGGUGAAGUGUGCAACACGGCACAAGUCGCGGCAACAGAAUGUAUCGUCGUAGACGCAAAGACAAGCGAAAGUUUUGUUUCUCAGGAAAACGGCCGGUACUUCAGCACAACUAACGAUUACAACUCGUGAGACGAUCAGAGAGUGAGUGUCCGGGAGUCUCCUCGUCUUGGAGUAUCCCUUCCAGCUCUCUGGUCCUCCCUUCCCACUCCCUUGGCCACGCCCCUCUCCAUCACCUACACAACUCUCUUGACUUCUCAGUCAGUCCCGAGUCUUCGUUCUCUCCCAGCCGCCGACAUCGCCAUCACAGUUCCCUGAUUCUUAUGCAUCCAUGACCGUCACACUAACUUCUAUUAAUUUUCGUCCACUUUGCCUUUGGCGUCUACUUUGCUACGUUCUGUUGCCGUGACCCGUGCCAGGUAGCAGAUUUUGCUACAUGGUGAGUUCUGUUGAUUGUUUUAGAGUAGAGGCAGAAUUGUGGUGAUGAAAUAUAUGUGAGGUCUAUAUGCUAGAAGGGUGCUCAAUCCUGUACAAUUACGUGGUUACAAGUCACUGCAGCGUGGGCGACUGAAUGAUACGGAAGUCAUUAGCUGUUACACUCCAGCAGUGAUUUUACCAAGUCAAACGAUUUACGACGAAGUAUGUUGGUGUUUUAAUUUUAGAAUGCGUGUGGUGUGCAUAGACUCCAGUAUGCUCGAAGCAGUUUGUUGAGUGGAGCCGACUAUAUACUGUUCCCUGUAAAGUUUGAAAUAUUUUUGCACUAUGAACGUAGACUGUUUAUUGUUCAGCUGACGAUUUGUUUGUUUGUUGUUUGCUGACCAGUGAUUUUCGUAGUAAUCGGGCCUUAAGAUUUGACGUGAUUUUAACAGAGGCCUAGCGGGAAGCAGUGUGAAUGAUACUAUCCACAUGUGCUUGUACCUUCAUCGGCAUUAGGCCAUUCAUGGCGUAUAUGUACUCAUUAAUGGCCCAAUGCUUAUAAAGAGUACAUACAUACAGGCACUCGUGGUUAGCAUGAUACCAAAUGUUUGAAGUUAUUUGUAAAAGAUAACAUAUUUUCCAUACAGUUGGUCGACAGUAUGUUUUGCUGUGCGACAGAGUAUCGUAGAAAGUUUAGAAGUCUAGUUACGUAGGGAAACUGUGUUGUUUCUGCAUCUUAUAGAAUGUGUGGGAAAAAAUCGUACAAAAAUUCAGCGAAUACUUGUCGCAUUUCACCCCUGGUCUACAGGACUUACGCAGUAAUUAAGAAACGGCUACAAAACGGUAGAGAAUCGUGUCGUACAUUCGAACACUUGCAUAAUUCAACGUGGCCUGCAGUGUGGGUCUUCUUGUUUGUUAGACAGUUUCCUCUGUAAAGAUAUUUAUUAUAUUGUGAAACAAACCAUGAGUGCUGUUCGUAGUGUCAAAGUUUUAAAGCGUUGUGCACCAAUGAAAAUAUGUCGCACGCAAUGUACAAUAUUGGUACUACAUAUAUUAAUACCAUAUGUGCUUGAGCUAAUAAGAAAUACCCCGUGGAAUCACUACGUGAUGACGAAUAUUGGAAGAUCAAUGUAUAUGAAGAUGAUUUCAAAUACAUUUAUGUCUAUUAUAUA